CCCAACCUCAUUUCAAGAAAAAGGUAGGAAAAAACCUUCCUUUUCUUUUCUUAUUUUUUGGAUAGCCUGUUUUUUUGGUACGUGGGCUGCAAAUUUCGAAGAUAAUAAAGAUGUCCAAAUCGGUUGCCAGUAAUUCCGACAUAGAUCAAGAAAGUCGUGACGAUUUACAGGUUCAGCAUCAGGAUACUCGUAACGAAUUACAAGAAAAGAAUGAUGCUGGCUUCGAUUUGCAGACCAACGAAGGUGAUCUACCUGGCUUAACUGAAAAUCAGUCGAAAAAGCCUUUGGCGAGCAACUCGUCAAUAGAAGAAGGUUCCCGCGUAUCUGAAAAACCAAGACUUUAUGAAAAUGAUGAAGAAAGACAAUCAGAGUAUUAUCCUUCCGAUUCUGACAGCCAGCUUGCUCGUAGUUUACAUAGCGAAGCUUUUGAAAAACCCAGCGGUGCGAAAGGACAACACUUACAAGUUUAUACUCAAGAAUUCCAUGUACAAACUCCUUUAACACCUCAGUCAGCCACGGAUAGAACGAUCGUAUCGCCAUCCGACGGCGUAUCCCCUACUGAAUCAGUUGUUUCAACAAAACCAGAUCCAGUUUUUCCAAACAGACAAGGGGGUUUCGCAUCAGAAUCUGCAAACAAUUCUGUGAGCAUUUGCUUAUACCACAAGCAGUACGGCAAAUGGAGGCUAAACAUUACUGACGAAGAUGACAAUCACACAAUAGAAGCGUAUGCUCAACAUUUCAGCAGCGACAACCGUCCCUCCAUUUUUUAUUUGUUACGAGGUAUUUCAUUUGGUCCAGAAUAUGACUAUGUAUUACGUCCCAAACAUUGGUGGAAUCCUCUGAGCGAAAAAGAUGCCGGUCAGUGUAUGAACGCUACCAUCAGAAGAAAAUUCAGGGAGGUGAAGAUUUAUUGA